AUGGGCUCGGCCUACCAGUUCCACAGCUGGAGAGUGUUUGUGGUGGUGUGCGCUCUGCCGUGCGUCUCUGCGGUCGUAGCUCUCACUUUUAUGCCCGAGAGCCCACGCUUCUACCUGGAGGUUGGAAAGCAUGACGAGGCGUGGAUGGUGCUGAAACAGAUCCACGACACCAACAUGCGUGCACGAGGCGAGCCCGAGAGAGUGUUCACAGUGAAUAGGAUAAAAAUCCCCAAACAUCAGGACGACCUGGUAGAGAUGCAGACGGAGUCGACAAACCCGGUGCUCAAAGUCCUGCUCAAGGUCCCCUCAGAGCUCAAAGGGAUCUGGACAACCUUUCUGAAAUGCUUUAAUCCUCCAGUCAAAGAUAACACCAUCAAAUUAGCUGCUGUUUGGUUCACCUUGUCCUUUGGGUAUUACGGUCUGUCUGUGUGGUUCCCGGACGUUAUCAAACACCUCCAAGCCGACGAAUACGCCUCCAGAGUGAAGAUCCACAACAACGAACGCAUCGAAGACAUUACAUUCAACUUCACCCUCGAGAACCAGAUCCACCGGAAUGGACUGUUCCUAAACGACAGGUUCAUUGCGAUGAAGUUCAAAGCCGUCACGUUUAUUGACUCGUCUUUUAUCAACUGUUACUUUGAAGAUGUGUCCUCUGUGGGCUCCUCCUUUAAGAACUGCACCUUUGUCGACUCUUUUUUCUACAACACAGAUAUUGAUGACUCUAAGUUGAUAAAGUCGCGAGUGAUCAACAGUUCUUUCCAUCACAACAAGACCGGUUGCCAGGUGACGUUUGACGAUGACUACAGCGCCUACUGGGUCUAUUUUGUGAACUUUUUGGGCACAUUGGCCGUGCUGCCUGGAAACAUCGUCUCUGCUCUCCUCAUGGAUAAAAUAGGACGCCUCAGCAUGUUAGGAGGCUCCAUGGUGCUCUCAGGCAUCAGCUGCUUCUUCCUCUGGUUCGGCACCAGCGAGUCCAUGAUGAUCUUCAUGUUGUGUCUCUAUAACGGUUUGAGCAUUUCUGCCUGGAACUCUCUGGACGUGAUCACUACCGAGCUGUAUCCCACCGACAGAAGGGGAACAGGCUUCGGCUUCUGUAACGCCAUGUGUAAACUGGCCGCGGUUCUGGGUAACCUGAUCUUUGGUUCCCUGGUGGGCAUCACUAAAGCCAUCCCCAUCCUGCUGGCCUCCGCGGUGCUGGUGGGCGGCGGCCUGAUCGGACUGCGGCUUCCAGACACUCGCUUCAACGUCCUCAUGUGA